AUGUCUGCACCAUCGUACUCGCUACCUCCUCUUCCAUAUGCCUAUGAUGCACUCGAACCGCACAUUUCGAAGCAGAUCAUGGAACUGCACCAUGGCAAGCAUCAUCAAACAUACAUCACGAACCUGAACGCAGCGUUAAAGACGCAAGCUGAAGCCGUGCACACGGCCGACAUCACUUCGCAGGUCGGUCUGCAAGCCGCUAUCAAGUUCAACGCCGGCGGUCACAUCAACCACUCGCUCUUCUGGCAGAACAUGGCGCCCGCCUCUUCCGCCGAGGCUAAGACCUCUGCAGCACCAGAGCUCAUCAAGCAGAUCAAGGCCACAUGGGGCGAUGAACAAGCCUUCUACGACGCAUUCAAGACUACGCUGCUGGGCAUCCAAGGAAGUGGCUGGGGAUGGUUGGUCAAGGUUGAGACGGGCAAGGAACAGAGACUGACCAUUGUGACGACGAAAGAUCAGGACCCUGUUGUGGGGAAGGGUGAAGUGCCCAUUUUUGGCAUCGACAUGUGGGAGCAUGCGUACUACCUACAGUACCUGAACGGCAAACCGGCGUAUGUAGAGAAUAUCUGGAAGGUGAUCAACUGGAAGACGGCCGAGGAGCGGUUUUUGGGUACGCGUGCGGAUGCUUUCAAGGUGCUUAGGGCAUCCAUCUGA